AUGUCGGAGGAGAUUGUACACCCGACCAUCAAGGAUGGCUGGUUCAGAGAAAUCUCUGACAUGUGGCCGGGUCAGGCUAUGACCUUGAAGGUUAAGAAGGUGCUACACCACGAGAAGAGCCAGUACCAGGAUGUACUUAUCUUCGAGUCCACCAACUAUGGCACCGUCCUAGUCCUGGACAACGUCAUUCAGUGCACCGAGCGAGACGAGUUCUCCUACCAGGAGAUGAUCACUCACCUGGCUAUGAACUCUCACCCCGACCCCAAGAAGGUGCUGGUCAUCGGUGGCGGUGACGGAGGUGUCCUGCGUGAGGUUGUCAAGCACGAGUGUCUCGAGGAGGCUGUCCUCUGCGACAUCGACGAGGCUGUCAUCCGCCUCUCCAAGCAAUACCUUCCUGGCAUGGCCGAAGGCUUCAAGCACCCCAAGGUGAAGGUGCACGUCGGAGACGGCUUCAAGUUCUUGAACGACUACAAGAACGCCUUCGACGUCAUCAUCACCGACUCAUCGGAUCCGGAGGGCCCCGCUGAGAGUCUCUUCCAGAAGUCAUACUUCGAGCUGCUACACGGCGCUCUCCGCCCGGGCGGCGUUAUCACCACCCAAGGUUCUGAGAACCAAUGGCUCCACCUUCCCCUCAUCACCAAGUUGAAGAAGGAAUGUAACGAGGUGUUCCCCGUGGCCGAGUACGCGUACACGACGAUCCCGACGUACCCGUCGGGCCAGAUCGGCUUCAUGGUUUGCUGCAAGGAGGCCGGCCGCGACGUCAAGAAGCCCCUGCGUUCCUGGUCCCCCGAGGAAGAGGCCCGUCUGUGCAAAUACUACAACGCCGAGAUCCACAAGGCUAGCUUCGUCCUGCCUACUUUCGCCGCCAAGGCUCUCCAAUAG